UAAUGGAUUUACGUUUUCCGUUUUUUUUUAAAGUCCGUUCCCAGCGCACCUUUUGUCGAGCACCUGGCAAUGGCGGCUUCCUCCUCGUCCACCACCUCUCAGAUGCGCCCAAGCCCCCUCCGUCCUUAUUAAAGACCACCGCCGCCGCCGCUUUCCUUCUAUCCAACUCCCGCGAAUCCCUACCUACCUCGCGCGCCUUCGCUCGCUUGCGCCCGAACUGCCCGCAUCUCUCGCGGGCACAGACCCCCGUCCCGGUCCUUGCCUCUGCCGUUUCGUGGAACUUGGUGGCUAGUGGAUGUCCCUGCCCUUCCCCUCCCGCGAAUCCAGUUGAUUCGCAUCACCUUCGCGUCGUCAGGAUCCAGUUCGUUCGCAAUGUCGGCGGUGGCGCCACCGCUGUGCACUUGGAUCGUCGCCGCCUGCUUGUCUGCAACCUGCGUCGCAGACGAUGAGGGGAAGCAGCGCAACUACAUCGGCGGCGGGCUUUUCUGCACGCGCCGCCACCUUGCUGCGCGCCGCCGAGGCGGGGCACGCUCUGGAGUGCCCAUUGCUGUUUCCUUUCAUCCUGAAAGAGGAGCUGUGGAAAACAACAAAUCUGAAACCAAACAACGGAGGGUAGUUGUCACUGGCAUGGGUGUCGUGACUCCGUUAGGCCAUGAGCCUGAUGAGUUUUACAACAACCUUCUACAGGGUGUCAGUGGAGUAAGUGAGAUAGAAGCAUUUGACUGUUCCAGCUAUCCCACGAGAAUUGCAGGAGAAAUCAAAUCCUUCUCAACAGAUGGUUGGGUUGCACCAAAGUUAGCUAAGCGAAUGGAUAAGUUCAUGCAAUAUUUGAUAGUUGCUGGUAAGAAAGCAUUGGACAAUGGUGGAGUCACUGAAGAUAUCAUGAACGAGUUGGACAAAUCGAGAUGUGGAGUUCUAAUUGGAUCUGGUAUGGGUGGCAUGAAGGUUUUUAGUGAUGCAAUUGAAGCAUUGAGGGUCUCCUACAGGAAGAUGAACCCAUUUUGUGUACCUUUUGCAACUACAAACAUGGGCUCUGCAGUACUUGCGAUGGAUUUGGGCUGGAUGGGCCCAAACUACUCCAUCUCUACUGCUUGCGCCACUAGUAACUUCUGCAUUCUGAGUGCAGCUAAUCAUAUCAUGAGGGGGGAAACUGAUUUGAUGCUUUGUGGUGGUUCUGAUGCUCCCAUUAUACCAAUUGGAUUGGGAGGUUUUGUGGCAUGUAGAGCUCUUUCACAGAGAAAUAGUGAUCCAACAAAAGCUUCUCGGCCUUGGGAUGUGGAUCGUGAUGGGUUUGUCAUGGGAGAAGGGGCUGGUGUGCUUCUUUUGGAAGAACUUGAGCAUGCAAAGCAAAGAGGUGCAGAAAUAUAUGCCGAAUUUCUGGGUGGAAACUUUACGUGCGAUGCAUAUCAUAUGACGGAACCACAUCCUGAAGGGAAGGGGGUUAUUCUUUGUGUCGAAAAUGCACUAGCUGAUGCAGGAGUAACAAGGCAAGACAUUAACUACGUAAAUGCCCAUGCUACAUCUACACAGUUGGGCGAUUUGAAGGAAUUCGAAGCUCUUCGCCGCUGUUUUGGCCAGAAUCCUCAGCUAAGAGUAAACUCAACAAAGUCGAUGACUGGCCACUUGCUAGGUGCUGCAGGUGGAAUAGAAGCUGUAGCUGCUAUACAAGCUAUAAGAACUGGUUGGAUCCAUCCGAAUAUCAAUCUAAACAAUCCGGAGAAAAAUGUGGAUGUCAGCUUGCUGGUGGGAUCACAAAAGGAGAGAUGUGACGUGAAAGUUGCGUUGUCGAAUUCAUUUGGAUUCGGUGGGCACAAUUCAUCAAUUUUAUUUGCACCCUUUUGAGCUCUGUUGGUGUGCUAGCUUAUGGGUACGAUUGUGUCGUGGAACCGGAAUUUUGACAAAGCUCACUCAGUAGAAUAUAUUGCUACAUAGGUGAGCAAAGAAAUCAAUUAAGUUUCUUUUGUAUUGCAAAAUCAAAUAUAUCCCAUGCAAGUUAAUCCAGAUGUUGCACAUGCACAUAAGUCCAUCUUAUUUUUGUACCAGAUGUUAUUGGAUUAGUCGUGUGGGAACUUUACUGGGGCCACUAUGUUUUUAUCUUGCUGUUUUACCAGGCAGAUAUAAUGCUUGCUGAUGCAAAACUGGCUUGUUGCUGUAAUAUUUUUUGGCUGAAGGGUUGCAAAUUGCUGCUGUA